AUGUCUGAUCAAGAUAUUCACCAAAAUAGAUACAUCGAAUUGCGAAGUAUCUAUAAAAACUACAUAGAUUCAUAUAAUGCGUUGUAUCAGCUAAAAACAGAAAAUGAAGGAGAAUUAAACUCAAUUUACAAAAUUAUCAAAACAGAACUGAUUUAUUCAAAGAAAUUUCUUCCACAAGAUAUAAUCAAUGAUAUCUUCAAUAUCAUUCCGUAUAAUAAUCGUUAUACAAAUUCAUAUUUUUCUCUUGCCAAACUCAUAUCUGAUGAAUAUCGUGUCAAAGAGGUCAAAGAGGUUCCAAAUUUCCUGUAUUAUAAAGAACAUGGAAUUAAAUUAGACAAAUCUGAAGAUUUCGAAAAAAUUAAAUCAGAAAAUCUUGAUAUUCAUGCAGAAAAUACAAUUUACAGAGCAAUUAUGUAUAAUGACAAAGAAAGAUUCAUCAUAUUCACGGAAAGAGAAGAAUUUGAUAAAGAUCAAAAACUUGAUAGUAAAUUAUAUCCAGGAUCUGGAUUUUCAUUACUUGAAUUAUGUUGUUAUCAUGGAGCAGUUGAUUGUUUCAAGUUAUUAAGAACUAAAUUUAACUCGAAAAUAACUGAAACAUGUUUACAACUCUCAUUUUUAGGAGGAAAUCCCGAGAUCAUGAGUGAAUGUUUGAAAUAUCAAAAACCAGGUAAAGAAUGCAUGCGUUAUGCAAUUAUUUCACACAACAUUGAUUUUGUUACAUUUUUGAUGAAUGAGUACAAUAUAGAGAUCGAUUUAGAAUAUUGUCAAGAGUAUAAAAAUCUUGAAUCAUUUUUAGUUUAUUACGAUCAAACUAAUGAUAUCAACACUAGUUUUGUUGAAUCAAUAGUUUUCAAUAUUCCAUCUCUUUGCGAAUAUUUCCUAUCAAAUGGUGCAAACAUUGAUGCAAAAGAUGGAUGUAGAAACACAGCUCUUCAUAUCGCAGUGUAUUUUAAUUAUAAAGAAAUAACAGAACUUCUUCUUUCUCAUGGCGCAAAUAUUAAUGAACAAGAUAUGUGGGGACAUAUCCCUCUUAUUCAUGCAAUACAUUACAAUAAUAAAGAAUUAGCCGAACUUCUUAUUUUACAUGUUGAAAAGAUUAGUGAAAAAGAUAAAGGUAGGACCUUCGCUCUUCAUUAUGCAGUAUUACACAAUAAUAAAGAAAUGGCCGAAUUUCUUAUUUUACAUGGUGCAAAUAUUAAUGUUGAAAUAAAUUUUGGUAGAUUCGCUCUUCUCAUUGCAGCAGAUAAUAAUUAUAAAGAGAUGGCUGAAUUUCUUAUUUCGCAUGGUGCAAAUAUUAAUAAAAAAAAUAUAUUAGGAACUACAGCUCUUGAAUGUGCAACAUUUUAUAAUAAAAUAGAAACUGCCGAGCUUCUUAUUUCACAUGGUGCAGGAAUUAAUGAAAAAAAUAAGAAUGGAAAAACCGCUCUUCAAUAUGCAGUAGAAAAUAAUCGUAAAGAGAUAACUGAAUUUCUUAUUUUAUAUGGUGCAAAUAUUAAUGAAAAAGAUAAAAAUGGAAAAACCGCUCUUCAUUAUGCAGCAGAAAAUAAUCGUAAAGAUAUAACUGAAUUUCUUAUUUUACAUGGUGCAAAUAUUAAUGAAAAAGAUAAAAAUGGAAAAACCGCUCUUCAUUAUGCCAUGCAUAAUAAUUAUAUGAAAAUAGCAGGACUUCUUCUUUCACAUGGUGCAAAUUUAAGCGAAAAAGAUAAAAAUCGGAAAAAACAUUCUUCAUUAUGCAGCAUAUAA